AUGGUUCCGAUCGUUGCACUGAUGUUGUUCAGUCUGCCUGUUGAGGCUACAACCCAGCGCAUUAAAGACCUGGCUGAUGUUUCUGGUGUUCGUGCUAACCAGCUUGUUGGCUAUGGGUUGGUCGUAGGCCUGGAUGGCAGUGGAGAUCAAACCAGUCAGACGCCAUUUACCGUGCAGACAUUUAAGAACAUGUUGCAGCAACUGGGUAUUCAAUUACCUCCGGGUUCGAAUUUUCAAUUAAAGAACGUGGCUGCUGUUGCCGUACAUGCGGAACUAUCGCCUUUUGCAAAACCAGGACAGACCCUUGAUGUCACUGUCUCCUCUGUUGGUAAUGCAAAGAGUUUGCGCGGUGGUACGUUGUUGGUGACGCCGUUAAAAGGCUUGAACAAGACAGUUUACGCGGUGGCUCAAGGCAGUCUCGUUGUUGGCGGCUUUGGUGCCCAGGGUAACGAUGGUUCGUCAGUAACCGUAAACGUACCCAGUGUGGGUCGCAUUCCCGGUGGUGCUCUGAUUGAGCGUCCAGCGCCAGACGGUUUCAGCGGCGCUGAAAAUAUCGUGUUUAAUCUGCAUCGCGCCGAUUUUACAACCGCGCGUAGAGUGGCAGAGAAGAUCAACGAUACUUUCGGGCCCGAAGUUGCACAAACUAUUGAUGCGGCGUCCAUUAAGGUGCGUUCACCCAAGAAUUCCACCCAACGGGUGUCGUUCCUGUCAGUUCUUGAAAACCUGGAAGUAGAGCCGGACGCCACCUCUGCCAAAGUGGUGAUCAAUUCCCGCACCGGAACCAUCGUUAUUGGACAGAAGGUCGUGGUUGCGCCUGCUGCGGUUACCCACGGCUCUCUAAGCGUGACGAUUGCCGAAGAUAAUGAGGUUUAUCAACCCAAUGCCUUUGCCGGUGGUCAAACCGUAGUGGUUCCGGAUUCAGAAGUUGAAAUUGUCGAAGACAAAAACCGGAUGUUCUAUUUCGCACCUGGCGUCAAUCUGCAGGACAUUGUCAGUGCAGUUAACCAGGUAGGUGCUGCGCCAGGUGACCUGAUGGCUAUUCUCGAAGCGUUGCGCCAGGCGGGUGCACUGCGUGCUGAGCUCGUGGAUGACCCCGCUGCGCUGCAGAAAGCUGCUGAGCACUUCGAGAGUCUGUUCAUUGAUAUGUGGUUGAAAAGCGCGCGCGAGGCCAAUCAGGUCUUCGGCAAAGAUAAUUUCAUGAACAGUAACGAGAUGACUGCCCAUCAGGAGAUGCUUGAUCACGAGAUGGCAUCCCACCUGUCGAAGCAGGGUGGUAUUGGGCUCGCCCCCAUUAUUGUUGCGCAACUCAGCGGACAGCCGAUGCCGAUGAACCCCCAGGACAGUACACCUGCAGCACCUGUUACGCCGGUCGCGGCGCAAUCAGAUCAACCUCAAAAAGCCGGUAGAAAAUCGGCUUUUACCACCCCCGAAGAGUUUGUACAGAAACUGAAACCCAUUGUAGAAAGCGUUCUGGCGGGUAGUGGCCUGCCUGUCGACGCCGUGCUUGGUCAGGCCGCUUUGGAGACAGGCUGGGGACGACAGGUCAUUGCAGAUACCAAAGGACAGUUGAGCCACAAUUUAUUUGGUAUUAAGGAUCACACUAAAGGCGAAGACAGCGUUGCAAUCCACAGCAGGGAGUUUGAGCAUGGGCGCUGGGUAAAUAAACAGGACAAUUUUCGAGCGUACCCGGAUUGGGCUGCGAGCGUUAAAGACUAUGUGUCCACAAUUACCCAAUCACCGCGCUAUGCCCACCUGGUAGAGAAGGUAGAGGACGCGAUGGCGUCGGUAAUGGCCUCGUUGUUUGAUAUCGGCAUCAAUGGUCUGCGUGCACAGCAGGCGGCUCUCAAUGUGGUCGGUCAGAACAUUACCAAUGCCUCAACGCCAGGCUAUACCCGGCAGCGUGCUGAUCUUGUCACCCAGAGUGGCAGCCUAUCGGGUCUGAACGCUGGGGCAGGCGCUAGACUUGAUCAGAUUGUUCGAGUCGCAGAUACCUUUGUAGAUCAACAGAUUCGUACUGAUUCAGCGCUGAAAAGUGAAAUGGAAAGCUAUGCGCAAUUUGUGGGGCAACUCGAAACCACCCUAUUUGAUGGCGAUUUUGGCGUUGAUUCGGCCAUACGCGAGUUCUUCGAUGCGGUUCAGGAUUCCGCCAAUGAACCAUCUGAUCUUGCCAUCAGACAGUUUGUUAUCAGCAACGCUGACGCGCUUGCCAGCCGUUUCCAGGGCGUAACUGAUCGAGCCUGGUUGCAGGCCAGAGACGUCAGCGGUUCACUUGAAUCGAAUACCAAUCAGGUCAAUGAGCUAACCCAAUUGAUCGUACAGGUGAACGAUAGAAUAUCGGCACUGCAAAGUGGACCGGCGUCGGGUGGCUCAAACGCACUGUUAGAUCGGCGCGAAAAUCUGCUCAAGGACCUCUCGAAAUUGGUUUCAGUGAGCACGGUCGAGCAAGAUGAUGGGCAGAUAAAUGUUUUCGUUGGCAAAGGCCAGCCGCUGAUCCUUGGAUCUGAAGCUGCUGAAAUGGGCGUGUCCAGCGCUGGGGAAAUCACUUUACGUCCAGUAGGGUCGCAAGUUACCCAGAACGUUACAGCUUCGAUAAACGGUGGAGAAAUUGGCGGCAUCCUGAAGUAUCGAGAGGAAGUGCUGUGGCCGACUCAGAAUGAGCUUGGACGCCUGGCAGCUGCUAUUUCGAGAUCUUUCAACGAUCAGCAUGCCGCAGGUAUAGAUCUGGAUGGUCAGUUUGGUCAGCAGUUCUUUCGCGACGUUAAUGAUCCCGCUCUUGUAUCCCAACGUGUUUCCUAUCUGGGUAAUUCAGGGGCGCUUGGGCCAACUGCAAACCCAGGUCGGAUCAGUGUGUAUAUAGAAGAUCCUUUUGGCAGUGUGGCAUCAGACUACGAAGUUCGCUUUUCAGAAACGAGUGAUGGCGCGUAUACCAUCACCAGGCGCUCUGAUGGCGAAGUUGUGCAGCGGGGUACACCAUUUGUUACCCCUCACAGCGUUGAGUUUGAUGGUCUACGGGUAGAGUUUACAGCCGGAGACUUUCGUCCCGGUGAUGCAAUGCUGUUGCGGCCUUAUGCAGAUUUUGGCAGUCAGCUGGAGGUUGUCUUAGAUGACCCCAAAGCCCUUGCGUUAGGCUCACCGGUACAGUUAGCGGAAGACCCUACAAAUGGCGGGAGCGGGUUUGUCAGUGUUGCAGGUAUCACAGAUCCUGCUCAUCCCAUAUUCUCCAACGACGGCGAGAUGGUCCCGCCGCUGCUCAUUGAUUUUCUGUCCGACACCCAAUAUCGGGUGCUGGAUAAUUCCGAUCCCGGCAAUCCUGUGCCGCUGCAGCCUGAUCUGGGUAUUCUUCAGUUCGUUCCAGGUGGCCAGAAUCAGCUUCUGCCAGUAGAUCCAGGUACUACUGUGGUGCAGAUGUCCGGCCCUAACGUUUCAUCACUUCCGGCAGUGGCUGAACUGGUAACUAAUCUCGAUGCCGCUGGGAAUAACUACCCCGGGGGGCUGAUUACGAUUUCUGGUGAAGGAGAUCGGCUGUCCAAUUUGCCGGUGAAUGCGGGUGCAAGCGCUGCUGAGAUUGCAGCGCAACUCAAUGGUGUACCCGGCGUUUAUGCCUCCGCUCAGACAGAACUCACGCUCAGUCAGUUGGUGAAUUUUGACUCCGGGGUGCCCGUCGAGAUAGCGGUUAACGGGAUCAGUUUUACGGGUUUUGAAAGCCUUGCUGACCUGGCGGAUCAGAUGGCAAGCGAUGUAUCGCUGCAGUCAGCGGGCAUCAUGGCAAAAUCUGACGGGCAAACACUCACGCUGACUGACACCCGGGGAGCGGAUCUAUCGGUUCAUUUUCAGGGUGACCCUAACGAAUCAGUGCUGGUGACAAACAGUAAAGAUGACACUGUUGCACUUUCAGGUAGCGUUUCAGGCACUUAUAGAUCUGUGACCGUUGGCGGUCAGGUAACGGCAUUGCUCGACCCGGGAGUGACCAUGUCGACGCAGUUUGCUGGCCUGUUUGCCGCAAACCCCGUGCAGCAGCGUGCUGAUCUGGGUUUUGAUCUUGUUUUAACCGGUACUGUUGAAGCAGGUGAUCGAUUCUAUGCUGACUUCAACAACGGUGGACUCGGUGAUAAUCGUAAUGCUCUGGCGCUGGCCGGCCUGAGCGAUCGCAAUCUGGUGGGUGAUCCGGGCAGGUCAUUCGGUGGUGCUUUUGCCUCUGUGGUCCAGAAGGUUGGUAUCGCUUCGAACCAGGCAAGUAUUAACAGAGACGCAGCCACGGCUUUAUUGUCCCAAUCUGAAGCUUUUCGUGAGUCUGUGUCUGGUGUAAAUCUGGAUGAAGAGGCGGCCAACCUGUUGCGUUAUGAGCAGGCCUAUAACGCGUCAUCGCAGAUCAUUUCGGCUUCCGAACAACUGCAGACAUUGGGUGCCCAGACAGCGCUGACACAGCAGCAGAUCGGUGAAGGUAAAAAGCUGGUGCGACCAGGGGAUGAUCCUGUUGGUGCAGCCCGUGUGAUCGGCAUCAAGCAGGAGCUGGGUGCCAGGGAUCAAUUUGUGCGCAAUACUGACGCCGCCGACGUUCAGCUGUCACUGGAAGAAUCUACCCUUGCUCAAGUCACUGAGCUGAUCCAGCGGGUUCAGGAGUUAACACUACAAGCAGGCUCAGGUGUACAAACCCAACAGGACCGCGCUUACAUUGCUGCUGAAAUCAGUGCGCGAUUUGAUGAGCUGAUGUCUCUGGCAAACUCUCGGAACUCCAGCGGUCAGUAUCUCUUCAGCGGGUUUAAAGGUGCGGUAGAGCCUUUCUCGUCCAAUGGCAACGAAGUGGUUUAUCAGGGUGAUGCUGGACAGCGUAAGGUGCAGAUUGAUCGUGGUCAGUUUGUCGCGAUCAACGACUCAGGCGAAAAGCUCUUCAUGCAGGUGCCGAUCGAUGCGGUUGGCGCUGGCGUCGCCAGCGUGUCCAGUGAAACAGCGGGUAUCAGUGACGUAAGGAUUGUGGACCGUAGCCUCGCGGAGACGCUGUUUCCUGACAAAGUCGUGAUUGAGUUUAAUUCCCCUGCAGAUGCGGGUGGGGUAGCCAACUACACCGUUAAAAGACAGAGUGACCAGCGCCCAUUAGAAGGUCUGGUCAAUAUACCAUUUGAUGCCAGUGUUGAGCUCUCUGUUUCGGGUGUAGCAUUUGCUAUUCAGGGAACGCCGGUAGAAGGUGAUCAGUUCAUUAUUGAGACAACCCGUCAGCAAAGUCUUUUCCAAACGGUUAAAGGCAUAGCUGACGGGUUGGUAGAAGUAGAUGCAGCGACCGAUCCGGAAGCGUUUCGAAAUCUCAUAGAUACGACAAUUGCCGGUUUAGAGGGUGCGACAGAUGUGAUGCUCGAGGCGCGGGCAGAUAUCGGCGCACGAUUCAAUUCGCUAACGGCCGCUAAAAAUCUGCAUGAAGAUGUUUCUUUGCAGCUUCAAACAGUACGAUCUUCCAUUGAAGAUCUAGACUUUGCUAAAGCGAUCAGCGAUCUGGCCUAUCAGUCGUUUGUGUUGGAACCGCGUCAAAAUGUGAUCUACUUCGCUAAAGUUUCUCCAGGGUAUGUAAUUAAUACCAACCUCAGCUCCCUCACGGCGCAGCGAAACCUGGACAAUACGCAAUCGCAGGGCUUAUCUGCCUUGAACCGAUUGUCGUCUGGUCUACGUAUCAACAGCGCUAGAGACGAUGCUGCUGGCCUCGCAAUCAGUACCCGCUUCACAGCGCAGGUACGUGGUCUCGGUGUCGCCAUUCGAAAUGCCAAUGACGGUAUCUCGCUGGCGCAAACCGCUGAAGGUGCCCUUGGCGCCAUGACGGAAUCUUUACAGCGUCUACGUGAACUGGCACUGCAGUCGGCUAACGCCACAAACAGUGAUUCAGAUCGCCAGGCAUUGAAUGCAGAAGCCAGUCAGCUGAUUGCUGAACUGGGACGCGUCAGUGACCAGACCAACUUUAACGGCCGUAAACUGCUUGACGGUAGUUUUGAAUCAAGCGUUCAGAUUGGCACCAACGUAGGUGAAACUGUCGCUUUCUCAAUUGCUGAAGUCAGCACCUCCACCCUGGGUGGCGGUAUCGGCGCAGGCAUCAGUGCUGUUGGUAAUGCUAACGCAAUUGCCAAUGGUGACCUGUCUAUCAAUGGUGUAGCCAUUGGCCCAUCAUCUGCAUCUGACGACACUGCAUCUUCAGCGAAUGCUGAUGCGUCUGCUAUAUCGAAAGUAGCAACCAUCAACCGUGUAAGCUCUGAAACGGGUGUUCGCGCUGAAGUUAACGACAACGUCGCUGCGGGUGUCGCUAUAACUGCAGCUGCUGCAACGGGUUCAGUUGACAUCAACGGCGUUUCUAUCGCGUUAAGUACCACAGCAGACGGUGCAACCACGCGUUCCGCUGUUGUUACUGCAAUCAACUCUGCCAGUGACCAAACAGGUGUCACAGCGGUUGACUCUGGUUCAGAUAACGGUGGUGUAAACCUGGUGGCCGCUGAUGGUCGUAACAUCACGGUAGCAUUCACUACGGUAACUUCCGCCUCAACGGGUAUUGCUGCUGCAGGUACGUUUGAAGGUGGCUACACAUUGAUUUCUGAAGAUGGCACUGACAUCACAAUCAGUGGCGGCGACGGCUCUGCGACGGGUAACGUAGCUAAUGCGGGUCUUACAGCAGGCACCUUUGGUGGAACCACCGCAGGUGUAAGUAGUUCUGCGCAAGCGGGUGCUACGCUGAAUUCAUUGGUUGCUGGUGACCUGGUUAUUAACGGUGUAUCAGUGGGUGCCUCACAGGCAACCUCCGACACCGCGUCAAGCAGCGACAAUGCAGCCUCUGGUAUUGCAGUAGCUGCUGCUAUCAAUGCGGUCAGUGACCAGUCCGGUGUUUCCGCCACGGUUAACGAAACGGUACUGGUAGGUGGUACAUCGCAGACGACGACGGGCGCCGUCACGGGUGCAAUCACCGUAAACGGUGUAGCAACAACGGCUAUCACAACCACUACUGACGGUGAAACGAACCGUACACUCGCUAUUGAUGCCAUCAACGCAAUAUCUGGACGUACAGGUGUUGUGGCCAGUGAUAACGGUACAACGUUGACCCUGAGUGCCGCUGAUGGACGAAACAUCAGUGUGCAGGUGGCAUCUGCCGGUCUGGGAACAGAUGUCGGUUUGAACGAAAGUGUGGACGGUAUUGGCGCAGGUGAAGGUGUAACAAGCACCGUCACACUCAAUUCUGCCAGCAGCUUCGAAAUAAGCGGUGGCACUACCAAUGGUGACUCCGGUGUCACAGAUGUUGGUUUUGAGCAGGGUAACUUCGGUGGCGCAAGUGACGGUCAAUUCCUCACGGAAGUGGAUAUUUCAACUGUUGCAGGCGCUGAGAAAGCGUUGUCUGCACUCGAUAAUGCCCUCGAUGGUGUUAACCGUGAGCGAGCCAACCUGGGUGCUAUCCAGAACCGUCUGGACUCCACCAUUACCAGCCUGGCUAUCAACGUUGAGAACCUGACCGCUGCGCGAUCACGGAUUCUGGUAUUGCAGCAGGCCGGUGUGUCAAUUCUGGCGCAGGUUUCCGUAAUGAGCAACAUAUACACCGUAGAUAAUACGCGUGCUGUUGUGACGGAUAAAAUCGUUACUAACACUGGCGGAGGCAAAGGACCGGCAAAGUCAGAGUCAGAAGGCGGCAAGAAACUGCCGUCGACUGAGCGCUUGGAAGCACCUGAUACAUCGCAACAGAUGAUCAAAGUGACGGAACAGCGCGCCGCACGUGUAGAAAAGGCAGUUGAGCAGCUCAACGAGUAUGCUCAGUCUUUUCAGCGCGAUCUUACGUUUUCAUUGGACGAAGACCUGGAUCGCACAAUUGUUCGCGUAGUGGAUCGAACCACUCAAGAAGUGAUCCGUCAGAUUCCUAACGAGACCGCCCUGCGGCUGGCACGGAAUUUGAAUGCCAUCAAUGAGAUGAAACGGGUCGAAGAGAUGGAACAGCUUCAGACAGCUGGUAUCAGUGUCGAAGCAAGACUCCUGACUUCCGACCUGGUCGAAGAUAUCAUCGCUGCUGAAAGGGAAGGUACUGACCUUCGUCUGGAUGCUAAGCGCGCAGAGUAUGAAGCUAAAAUUUCUGCUUUCGGCGCUGUUCGCAGCGGCAUUGAUGGUCUGUCUGCAGCGGUCCGCGAUUUGGGCAGUUCAACAUCGCUGUUAACCAAUGUCGUUACUUCCAGCAACGAAAACGCGAUUACAGCAAGCGCCAGUGCGACGGCUAAGCCAGGCAUCCAUACCGUUGAAGUGUUAGCCACAGCUCGAGCGCACACGCUUACCACCGGGCGAUAUGAUUCCAUAGACAGCGUGAUUGGCAGUGGCACUAUAGACGUCAGAUUUGGUGCAACUGCGUUUGUGAACGGUAGUUACGACAAUUUCACUGAAAACCCUGAUCGAGCUUCUGGCCAGAUCGUCAUCGAUAGUUCUAACAACACCGUGAGUGGCGUUCGAGACGCGAUUAACGCUGCAGAUCUUGGUGUGGUGGCCUCAAUUGUUAACGACGGUGAGGGUUUUGUGCUGGUACUGACAUCUGAUCGUACCGGUGAAAACCAAUCCAUGGAACUGACCGUAACUGAAGAUACGCCUGCCGGUUUGACGGCGCUGGAUUUCAAUCUGGCGAACAACACGCCGGGUACCAAUAUGACCCAGACCGUUGAUGCUGACGAUGCCAUUGUCGUCAUUGACGGUAUUACGGUUUCCAGAGAAACCAAUACGAUUAACGAAGUUAUUCCCGGUGUCACAUUUUCGGCGCUUGGCAACAACGCCGGGGCGCCCGCAACAAUAUCAAUUAAUCAGGAUACUCAAGCUGUCAGCGAAAAGAUGCAGGCCUUUGUUGAUGCGUACAAUUCCAUUAAAACGCUGACCGAUGACCUGACUGAUUUUGACGAAGAGAAAGGCAUCGGUGCGUUGUUAACGGGUGAUUCAACCGUACGUACCCUGAUGUCGCAGUUACGCCGCUUCAUGUCACGCAGUGUCAUGGAGGUAGAGUCAAAUUCACUGCGCGCUCUGGUAGACCUGGGUAUUUCUACCAAUCAGAACGCGGGUUUCCAGCUUCAGUUUGAUUCAACUCAGUUUGCUCAAACGCUGUCAGCCAAUCCAUCCGAUGUUUCAGCAUUGCUAGCAGACCAGCGCCGCAGUUCGGAUAACCAGAUUGCGUUUGUCGGAUUCCAAUCUGCCACCCAGGCAGGCAGCUAUAUCGUAGAUAUCCAACAAUCAGCUACUCAGGGAGCUUUAAGCGGUGUCAGUGUUGCCGGGCUCGACAGCGCAAUCAUCAUCGACGAUGAAAAUGACAAUUUAUCGAUUACCGUGGAUGGGGUGAGUAGUGGCGCCAUUACGCUGGCUCAGGGCAGUUAUGCAGACGGUGCUGAACUUGCUGUCGAACUCCAGACGCAGAUCAACCAGGAUGCCGCGUUAAGAGCCGCUGGUGCAACGGUUGAUGUCAGCUAUGACGUGGACAGCCAGGCGUUACAAAUUCGUUCAACUUCUUUUGGCAGCAGAUCAACAAUCGGUAUUGAUAGUGUAGAUACAAAUACAGUUGCCCAACUGGGCCUAUCUGUUGUUGAUGCCACGGCCAACGUGGGUACCGAUGUGGAAGGCACGGUCAAUGGUAUCCAGGGUAACGGCGCUGGUCAGUUUUUAUCGAUACCCAAUGGACCUGUACCUGCAACGUCCGGUUCCUAUAAUGGUUCAGUGCUCUCAUCUUUUGAAUCAGGUCCGUUGACAAUCGAUGGCAGCAAUGGAAGUUUCCGUGUGAACAUAGACGGCUUUCAAUCAGGCGAUAUUGUUCUAUCUCCGGGCGAAUACGCAACGCCAGCUGAGCUUGCAGCGGAAAUGACGAGCCAGGUCAAUGCCGACGCAUUGCUACUCGCUGGAGAGGUGACGGCCACUGUUUCCUAUGAUGCUGCCAACAAUCGAUUCGAAAUUUCUUCAGACAGUACCGGUCCUUCAUCAACCGUUAACGUCACCUCCGUCAGCGCGGGUGUAGUUUCUGAUCUCGGAUUAACGGUUGGACUGGGCACUGCUGGUCGGCCGGCUGCUGAAACAGCUGACCCGGCAGCAGGCAUACAGCUGAGGGUGCAGGGUGAAGCAGUGGGUGAAAGGGGUACCGUUACGCUGGUGCGUGGUGUGAUGAAUCAGAUUGAUUCCUUUCUAGAUCAGUUCAUUACGUUUGGUGGCUCGUUAGCGAAUAAGCUUGAUUCUCUGGAAGGCCAGGUCGAAGCCGUUGAUGACGAAGCUACCGAUUUUGCUAAGCGUAUGGAUCUGCUUGAAGCGCGCCUGCGUACUCAGUUUGCUGCAGCGGAUGCGCUAAUUUCUACCUUGGACAACACGUCACAAUUUUUAGAUCGGCAACUUUCGAGCCUGCCUGGAUAUUCGCGCGAGUCGAAUUAA